AUGAAAUCAAAGGAUGCGAUGAUGUCGGACAAUUCGGAUGGCUUAGACCAAGUACAUGUAGAAAAUGCUGUGACAAGAUGGAAAGAUAUAACUAAAGAGGUGUCCAUUGAUACUUUCAUUUAUACUUAUUGCAGCAGAGGUGUGCAAUGUGCAGAGAAAAGUGGAACAAGACACGAAUCCCAACAUUUUAUCAUUGCCACAGUGGAAACUGAAUUAUACUGUCGUCCUGGAUUCUACCAAACCGGAAAAAGCUGUGAAGAUGAUUGCGUAGAAACUAAAAAAGCACACAGGGUCUGCUCUCCCGAAUUGGAUCAAUGUUGUCAGAAUAGGGGAACAUGUCUCAAUACCAACUACGGUAUAGCCUGCAACUGCUCCGACGGUUGGAUGGGUGAUUAUUGCAGUGAGCGCUGUCCAGUAAAUUUCUACGGUCCAAGAUGCAGCCUAGAAUGUCCGGCUUGCAGUAAUGGUGGUACAUGUGAUCCAGUUAAAGGGCAAUGCGACUGCUCGCCCGGCUGGACUGGACCAACUUGUGAUGAGAAAUGUAGUUCGGGGUGGUAUGGAAAAGACUGCGCUCUUGAUUGCAGGAGCUGCAACUUAGAUGAUGGUCAAUGUCAUCAUAUAACAGGUGAAUGCGAGUGUGCACUGCCAUAUGGAGGACCAUUCUGUGAAGACAUCUGUCAUGAUGGCGAUAAUGUACAAUGUGGCUGGUUCCCAGACUGUUGUCGCAAUAGAGCUACGUGUAACCAAGUUGGCAUGGAGAGUAGAUGCAAAUGUCCGCCUGGCUACUUGGGAAAAUUUUGUGAAACACGCUGUACAGGUUUUUGGGGAGAUGGAUGCCAUCGUAGGUGCUUAUGUAAUAAUAAUGCAACGUGUGACCCAACAACAGGGGAGUGUGAAUGCACUCCUGGUUGGUCUGGCAAAUACUGUCAAAAAAGUUUAAAGCCAGCGAUUGACUUUUUAAAAUGUCCAGUCAAUUGCAGAAAGGAUUAUGGUUGUGACCAAGAUGGACAUUGCUUUUGUCCAUCAAAUUCAACAUGGAAUGAAGACACGUUGUCCUGCCUCCGGUAA